AUGACAUCAAUUGAGUUCGCAUUUGGUUUUGUGGGUCAAAACAGUUCGCAUAAGAAGUUCACGAUUUGUUUGAGGUUAAUUGAUUUUGAUUUCGCAAGCUUGGAGUCGGAGAUCUGGAUUGUGUUCGCAUCUAUGGAAUGCGAGGAGAAUUUAAUGGUGAUAUUCAGUUCGCAUUUGGUGACACAAAGUAACCGGGUAUCCAUCGGAUUCCCCAUACCGGAUGAACCCAUCGGGGAUUACGUCGGGCGGGGGUGGGAUCAGAGUUCGGGUACGGGGACGGAUAUCACUCUGUUUUUAUGGAAUAGAAGUUUGUAUGCUAAUGGGUGCUAUACAUCCAUCAUCAGCUUUGGAGACUCUCUCGCUGACACGGGUAACAUUAAAAAACUCGCGUCCAUGUCUCACGCAAAGGUUGAGUAUCUUCAACUACCUUAUGGUGAAACCUUCUUUCAUCAACCAACUGGUCGUGCCUCGAAUGGACGCCUCAUUAUUGAUUUCCUAGCUGAGAUUCUUGGGUUGCCAUUGAUACCGCCAUUUUUGGAUGACAAGGAGAGUGACAAUGUGGUGGAGUUGGGACAAGGAGUUAACUAUGCGGUGGUGUCUGCAACAGCAUUGGAUACAUCUUUUCAUGAAGCAAGAGGGACUAUUAAUCCUACAGCAAAUGUAUCUUUAGGAGUUGAAUUGGCAUGGUUUAAACAAACAUUGCGUUCUAUCUGCAGUGACGCUUCAGAUUGUAGAAGCUUAAUUGGGCGUUCUUUGAUCCUAAUGGGAGAGAUUGGUGGAACCGAUUACAACAAUCCAAUAAUGCAAGAUAAAUCAAUCGACGAGGUUGAAUCAUACAUUCCCCUUGUUACUGAUACCAUCAUCUCAGCAAUUAAUGAACUAAUUGAUAUGGGCGCUCAAACACUGGUUGUUCCAGGAACGUUUCCAAUUGGGUGUUCUAGUUCAAUGCUAACAUUACGUGGUUCUGAAAAUAAAGAAGAGUAUGAUAACAUAACUGGUUGCCUCAUCAAUUUAAAUAAAAUUGCAGAAUACCACAAUGAAGUACUGAAAUCAAAACUAGAACACCUACGAGAGCUUCAUCCCAAUGUCAUCAUCAUCUAUGCUGACUACUACAAUGCUGCCAUGCAGAUUAUCUAUUCUCCAAUUAAAUUUGGAUUCACAAAUGGGGUUUUGAAGUCGUGUUGUGGAGGUGAAGGUCCAUUGAACUACAAUAAAUUUGUACCAUGUGGAUCUGCAUUUUCGACUGUGUGUGAUGAUCCAGAUGCAUAUGCUUAUUGGGAUGGAACACACUUUACAGAAGCCGCAUACAAAAUAAUAUCCAAAAGUUUAUUUCAAGGCCAAUAUACUACACCCCACUUUUAUUCGUUGUGUCCUACACCUACACCUACAUCAACAUCACAAAUCGGAGUUGGUUUAUUGGGAUCACAAGUACAACGGUGACCUAUUAGAGCUGCAAGGGAGACAUGUACUUUCCAUUUAAAAUGAAGUAAAAAUAUUUCAUAUAUUGUUUCAGUUUAUGUAAACUACAUACAUAAUUAAAAUAAAAUAAGUGGUAUCCACAAUCUAUAUAGAAUGUCUAGUGAGUAGUAACCAUUUAAGGGAUUAAAAUCAAUUAUAAUAGAUGUCAUGUUGGUGUUUAAUGGAUAUGGAGUAGGGAUGUGUUUGGUUCAGCUUAGGGUAUGGCACCGGUUAUGACCCAAAGCGGGCUGUUUGGUACUUUUUUUAAAA